GUUUUGUCUCUCUAGCGUUUCCGUAGAUAGACCUUUUCUACGCACGCGCAAAAUCACAGCCUUCGAAGAAAGGGCGGAAAUUGGCGUAAACGUCACUUUAAUCUGACACGUAAACAGGGGCCAAGAAACACCAAAAUGUUGAAGGCGUUGGUAAGGAAGCGACUCAUUGCGGCCGCCGACGAAAUCUUCGGACUUUUUGAGAGAACGAUAGCGUCCUAUGAGGAGCAACUUUGUCGAGCGAGAGAGGAGAACGAAGGACAACGACGACAACUGCAAGACGUUCGCUCAAAAACUCGAAUCGAAGUUGUCUUGCUUCCAGACUCAGAACCACGGUCUCCCUGCAUCAUCGAGCAAGAAGUGGCUCCACGGUCCCCUCACGUUAAGGAAGAAGAGGAUGAGGCCGACGUCAGCAGGUUGCCACUGAACGUCGUUGUCGUGAAGACUGAAGAUGAUGAGGAGGAAUUGCCAGCGUCAUCACAGCAUCAUCUUCGCAUUCCAAGGGAAGACCACCAUGGGGGACCCCAACCAGACACGCGCUUAGCUCCAGUGUCAGACAGUGACGCCAUAGAAGAAUCUUUGAGGAGCAACGCAGACUGUGGAGGUGAUGACAGACACUUUGAAAUCUCUGAAAAGGGCACAACUGAAAAGAAAUGUCGCACAGGCAAAAAAAGUUUUACAUGCUCAGUUUGCAGUAAAAUAUUCGCCCGAAAGGAACAUUUGAAAAAACACACGAGAACACACACAGGAGAAAAGCCCUUUAGUUGCUCAGUUUGUGGUGAUGAAUUUACUCAGAAGGUCUCUUUAACCGCACACACAUCGACACACACGGGAGAAAAACCUUUCAUAUGCUCUGUUUGCGGCGAGAGCUAUUCUUAUAAGCAUAGUUUAAAUGCACACAUGCAGACGCACACGGGAGAAAAACCCUUUUGUUGCUCGGUGUGCGGCAAAAGAUUUCCUCAGAAGCCAAAUAUGAUCAAACACAUGAGGACGCACACGGGAGAGAAGCCUUUUUGUUGCUCUAUUUGUGGCGACGCUUUUGCUCACAAGUUCUCUUUGAGUGUACAUAUGCGGAAACACACGGGGGAAAAACCUUUCUGCUGCUCAAUUUGCGGCGACAUGUUUGCUCACAGGUUCUCUUUAAAUGUGCACAUGCGAACGCACACGGGAGAGAAACCUUUCAAAUGCACAGUUUGCGGUAAGAUAUUCUCUCAAAGGGCACAUGUAGUUGCACACAUGAGAACGCACACGGGAGAAAAACCCUUCACUUGCUCACUUUGUGAUAAAAGCUAUUUCAAAAAGUGCAGUUUGACGACACACAUGCGGAAACACAAUGGUGAAUAAAUACUUUCCUUCUCUGUUUCCAUUAAAGACCAGUAAUUGAUGCCCCACCUAAAAAUAGGUUUGAGAAUUUUCUAUAUUAACUCACUCAAUGCUCUGGACUUUGCUAUUUGUCAACUGGAAUACAACCCUUGACAACCACAGAUGUAUGUAAACAUAAAGUACAUUUUUCAACAGAAAUGCGUGGAAGAAGUCCUUGCUUACCUUGUCUUUGAAAUUCAGCUUAACCACUGUAAUAACUGAGAGCAACAUUUCAUUGUUUUGAAUUUCAGAUCAGCACAGCUUUUGAGUAGAAGUCAAAGAUUAGGCUUUUGAUCACAGCUUGACACGUCGAUUAUGUUGGAGAGAAAUGACAAAUGAUUGGAAGUUGGGCAAGUUUAGGCACCUGACAUUCCAACAGAGCAUUUCUAUAUAGUCUUAUAAACAUGAAAGUGUGUGUAAGGAUCUUGAAAACCAAUGGCACAGUUCAAGUAGUGAAUGGCGAAUGUCAUGUAAAAAAAGCCUCACUUAUGCCAAGCAGUGAAUCAGUGUUGUUCAUGGGACGUUUCUUAGCUCAAUAUAUAAAGAUAAAAUGUUAGCGUCAAAGCUACUGCUAUGCCUGACAUGUUUCUUUUCAUCCAAAAAACGUUUUUUUUCUCAGUUUUUUUUUGGGGGGGGUCAGCAAGCCAUGUUCUACUGCUGUUUACUAAAGACUAGAAAAAGCAAGAAACAUUAUUCUGGUGAAAGAAGAGUCUUCUUUCUUUUGGCAGGCUUGCUGCUUAUAUUUGAAACAACAAUCAAAAUGCUGAACAGUGACAGACAAUAUGAUGAUUUCUGCUUUGAAAGAGAUUGAACCAUAAAAUGAUCACAAUCCACGAAUCCAAAACUGUAAUAUCAUUCAAACUCUCCUUACCACUCAAAUUCUUCAAAAUGUCUUUCAGAUGAUUGUAAGUACGAUUUUACAUGCACCUGCGACAAAGACUUUCUGUAGUGGACUCAGAACCCAGGUGAAAUUUUGCUCCACCCCGAUAAACAAAGAAUGUUUCUCAGUUGAGAUGUAUCACUUUAACCUACUUUCUUGACGCCAUUCUUAGGGCAUUUCACACAAUUGUGAAUAGUUGACUGUCUCUGUGAAAUCCCAACGUUCAGCUGCAAAAAUAUCAAACAAAGGGAUGAAUUUGUGCAUAAUGAACUGCAAAUACGUGAGUUUGACAGUACAUGAAAAUGUUCCAUCACAACCACCGUUGAUAAAUCCCAUUUUAACAGUGUUGCAUAGUGAUGUAUUUACUGCACAUUACAAUGUUACUGCAUUUAUAUUUGCAUUAGAAUAUUGUGUUUUUGUUAUUACUGUAUUUUAUUGCAUGAGGUAUCACAACAAGUCAAACAUUACAUUUUCGUUAAUAGCGUUCUUUGCAAUAAAGACGAUUGUGUUC